ACAGGACCGUGGGUCCUUUAUUUUAAUAACUAUAUCUGGAUGUUCUGUCUUCAUGUGGAUUAGAAAAUAUAACUCUUUUUAUGAUCAGCAAUCUCGUAUGAAAUUGAAAAAAUUGAAAAAUUGACCAAUCGAUCAAAGUGUGACUGUCAAAUGGAAUCAUCAAAACUGUAUUUUGUUGUUAUUUUGAUAAUCCAUUUUUAUACAAGAAACUUGCUCAGUGCCAAUAGAUGACAUUUAAUGAAAUGGAGUUAAUUUCAAAACGAGGCAACAUGAAAUCUGGGUUACUGUCAAAAGAUGAUGACAACUUGGCUACUGUGGAUGUGCUGGGUUGUGCAUUAGUAAACUCCUUGAUUGCAAAUAUGAUAUUUCCGAUUAAUUUCAUUAAAACCACCUGUGUCAAAGUAUUGAUAGAAAGAACAGUCUCAUUGGGCCACUCCAUGAUACUGGUAAAUCAAUAAAGAGCAAAAACACCUCAACAAUGCAGUGUUCUAGAAACGCUGCUGAUGAUAUAUCAUGCCACAUAUCACGAGGAUGUUCACACAUUUUUUUAUUGUAACAUUGCCAGUAUUUUUUAUCAUUUUGUAUUAUUAUCCCAAUGAACAUAGAGGACAACAACCAGCAAAUAUAAGACAUAGUGAAAGUUCAUCAACAAAAAUGGAAGGAAUAUAUAAAGGGAGAAACGGAAUGAUAUCAUAUAAAGAUGUGAAUUACAGAAAGUUCAAUUUUGAUCCAAACGAUGACAACAUUAUUAUCUUACUUCGCAUCCAAAAAACUGGAGGAACAUGGUUCGAAUCUGCACUGGCAAGAACGCUAAAUAUAACACCUAGAUGUCUGUGUACAGGGAUACGGAGUUGUCAGUGCCUGAACAAUCAUGGUCAUGCUUGGCUCGUCAGUGGGUACUUCACACUUGGUUGGCCAUGUGGACUACAUGCAGACUGGACUGAACUCACCGAAUGCAUUAAUGAAUAUUUUGAUAAAUAUGAAGGAGUUCAGAGGAAAAGGGGUUAUCUUUACAUCACACAGUUGCGAGAGCCGAUUCAGCGUUAUGUGAGUGAAUGGAAGCAUGUCCAAAGGGGAGCUACUUGGAAAAGACGUUUUAAAUGCAAUGGGCAGGAAACAGCAAAUAAAUUACCAACAUGUUUUGAUAUGAAAUGGAAAAAUGUCGCUCUUGAUGAGUUCAUAAAUUGUCCAGGGAAUCUUGCUAUAAACAGACAGACUAGAAUGCUAGCAAAUUUAUCAUUGGUUGACUGCUAUAAUACAAGCACAAUACCAAAACCAGAAAGAGAUAGAAUAAUGCUUGAAAGUGCAAAAAAUAAUUUAAAGGAUAUGACAUAUUUUGGGUUAGCAGAAUAUCAGAAAUCAAAUCAAUGUCUCUUUGAAUAUACAUUUGGUGUGAAUUUCACAAAGAAGUUUGCACAGAGUAAAAGAAAAAGUUAUGCUGAGAAGUCAAAACAUGACAUUUCAUCCCCGCAACUUAUGAAAAUCAAAGAACUGAAUAAUCUUGAUAUUGAGUUGUAUGAAUAUGCAAAGGAGUUAUAUUUUCAAAGAUUAGAAAAGGGCAACUUGUUGGAUUAAAUUUAGGAUUAAACGGUUGAUCAGGAACUUCAGAUUCAGCAUCUAAUAUUCUUUGUCUUGAACAUUUGCAAUUAAAAUUUUGUUUAAUAUGUUACCAUUAUGUAUCUUACAGGGGUACUGGCAUGCUUUAUUAAUGCAGCAAUAAACUCACUUCACCAAUUUUGCAAUCGUUCCUGAAAUUGGAUAAAUAAAUCUCUAGGAGUUUUCGAAUGAUUAAAGUAAACAGACACUAAGGGUCUGUUUGAAAAACUACAGAUUUCA